GCGGGGUCAAUGGGCGAAGGAGCCAUUGACGACACGGAGAAAUCGACUAUAGCCCGCUUGAGCUUGACGGAGCCUUACCAAGUUCCUCAUAUGUCUUACGGCGCGUCUGUCAAGGUCUUGUCGACGCGUGAGGACGGUUACGGCGGGACGUUCUCCGCAGCCAUUACUGUGUCCACGUAUAUGAAGUAUAGGUGUCCCGUUGCUGCGGGCAGCCUUCUGUUCUUUUUCUGAACUGUCAGCUCAAGCACACAUACUGCUUGACUACAAAAACCAACAUGUCGCAGUCGUACUUGCCGAAAGAUUUCCUGUGGGGAUUUGCAACAGCAAGUUACCAAAUCGAAGGCGCACCGCAUGAAGAUGGCCGUGCUGAUUCUAUUUGGGACACCUUCUGCCGCAUCCCGGGCAAGAUUGCAGGCGGAGAAUCCGGAGAUGUUGCGUGCGAUUCCUACCACCGCACUGACGAGGACAUUGCUCUCUUGAAGGAUAUCGGCGCAAAAUCUUACCGCUUUUCUCUCUCGUGGUCCCGCAUCAUACCACUCGGCGGACGCAACGACCCUGUAAACGAAAAAGGUCUGCAGUACUACAUCAAGUUGGUCGACGACCUCCGUGCCGCAGGCAUCGAACCGAUGAUAACGCUGUUUCAUUGGGAUCUCCCCGACAACCUGCACAAGCGAUAUGGGGGCAUGCUGAACAAGGACGAGUUCGUGAAGGAUUACGAGAACUACGCCAGGGUGUGUUUCAAGGCAUUCGGUUCGAAGGUAAAAUAUUGGAUCACCUUCAACGAGCCAUGGUGCAGUUCCAUUCUCGGAUAUGGCACCGGCCUUUUUGCUCCCGGCCGUUGUAGUGAUCGGAGCAAGAGCGCAGAGGGUGACUCUUCGAGGGAGCCGUGGAUCGUCGGCCACUCGCUCCUCAUUGCUCAUGGUGCGGCAGUCAAGGCCUACCGUGAUGACUUCAAGUCCAAGGAUGGAGGCCAGAUUGGGAUUACGCUCAAUGGCGACUGGACGGAGCCGUGGGAUCCAGAAGAUCCGAAGGACCGCGAAGCCUGCGACCGAAAGAUCGAGUUUGCAAUCUGCUGGUUUGGCGACCCAGUGUACUUUGGCAAAUACCCCGACUCGAUGCGCAAGCAACUUGGUGAUCGCUUGCCUGAAUUCACACCGGAAGAAGCGGCUCUUGUCAAGGGAAGCAAUGACUUUUAUGGCAUGAACCACUACUGCGCCAAUUACAUUAGACACAAGGAGACUGAACCAGAACCUGAAGAUCAUGUUGGCAACCUGGACAUUCUUUACCAGAACAAGAAGGGCGAAUGGAUCGGCCCAGAGACACAAUCAGUCUGGCUCAGGCCGAUGCCUUUGGGCUUCAGAAAACUAAUCAAGUGGCUUAGUGAUAGGUAUGGCGGCCCGACCUUCUAUGUGACUGAAAAUGGCACCAGUCUCAAGGGAGAGAACGAUCUUCCUCUUGAGAAGCUGCUGGACGACGAGUUCCGUUGCGAAUACUUCAGGGGAUAUAUUGGAGCCUUGGCCGACGCUCACACAUUGGACGGAGUCGAUGUCAGGGGUUAUUCCGCAUGGAGUCUCAUGGACAACUUUGAGUGGGCCGAGGGCUACACGACACGUUUCGGCGUUACCUACGUCGACUACAAGGGUGGACAGAAGCGAUACCCUAAGAAGAGCGCGCGCGAAAUCUCGAAAAUCUUUGACAAGUACAUUAGAACGGAGUAGGUUCCGGUGAACCACGGUGUGGCGUGCGAGGGUGUAGGUCGGGUAUGCACGCCAUCGAAUCAACGUCGAUGUGAGCUAGAAUUUACAGACAGGGCCCUUCUAGGAUUCUUCUAGCGUCAUAUAUGUGGCAUGCAGACGUCGGAUGUGGGACAAUGUGGCAUGUAGACGGAUGCGGGACAAUGUGGCAUGCAUCGCUCUGAUGGGCUGUCCUUGCAAAUUAACCAUCUGCGGCAAGCUGUGCG